UGUCCCUCCUCUUUGAGACGAGCUUAAGACAGCGUUGCAGGGAAAGAUGGGGAGGUCCCCCUGCUGCGACGAGAUUGGGGUGAAGAAGGGGCCAUGGACGCCGGAAGAGGACAAGCAGCUGGUGGAGUACAUCCAGCGGCAUGGCCAUGGGAGCUGGCGGAGUCUGCCGAAGAUGGCCGGGCUGAACCGGUGCGGCAAAAGCUGCCGACUCCGGUGGACGAACUAUCUCCGUCCUGACAUCAAGCGGGGGAAGUUCUCGGAGGAUGAGGAGCGGAUGAUCGUCCACCUCCACUCCAUCCUUGGAAACAAGUGGUCCACCAUUUCCAAGAGUCUACCGGGAAGGACGGACAACGAGAUCAAGAACUACUGGAACACCCAUCUCAAGAAGAAGCUCCUCCUCAUGGGGAUCGACCCUGUCACCCACACACGAAGAACCAACGUCGACCUGCUCACGAUCCUUCCUACUCUCCUUGCUGCCGCCACCAACCUUGGAAACCUGGGCGACCCAUUGAGCAAUGCUCUCCGGCUUCAAGCAGAUGCCGUGCACUUGGUCAGGCUCCAAACGCUCAUCCAAGCCAUGAGUACCGCUGCUCCAAACAUGGAUGCCAUGAACCCCUCGAGCUCCGCCUCCCUUGGCACCUGCUAUCAGUUUGAUGACACCCAGCUGAACCAGCAACUCGAGGGACUUGCCAAUGUCCCUCUUGCCCAAGGAGCCACUGGUUUCCCGUGUUUGGCCAGUCCAUUCGAGGAACAGGAGAAGGUGACACAUCCCGAGGGCUCAUCCGUCACGACGGGAAUCAAAACGGAGGGUCACAAUGGCAUGACCAACCCAGAGUCCAGCUCCUGUGCCGCCACAACAGCUCUUUCCACCCAGUCACCGGUUCCAUUUCCCCAAGAGAGGAUAGCCACGGACUGCAUGCAAGAUCCGAUCAGCUCGCCUGCUUCAAUCCCGUUCCAGGAUUGGUAUGGACUAAGUGCAGGUGGAUCUAACGACGAUAUGAUCUGCUGGAAAGAUAUUCUAGACAAAAUUUCGUGGGCAAGCGAAUCAUAAUCGGCGACUUGUAGGAUACACAGAAGAACAGUAUGUCUACCUUUUUUUCUCUUUGCUGUACAAUCAAACACACAAACUAUGUACCAAACGUUGGCAUCACAUUGUU